CUUAUUUUCCACUGGAGAUCGCCUUGAUGCUGAAGGUCCAAGGUGAAGGUGGCUCUGCUAGCCCAGGUGCAGCUGUCCUCCUGCUGGACUGGUUUGAACUGGACCAGGAGCUGAUCCUGGUGCUGGAGAGACCAGUGCCCUCCACUGAUCUCCUGCGCUACAUGAAGGGGGGUUACCUUGAGGAGCAGGAAGCUAAGAUGAUUAUGCAGCAAGUCAUCAAAGCAAUCACUGACAUCCACUCCAAAGGCGUCCUACACCGAGACAUCAAGCCUGAGAACAUCUUGAUAGAAACCGGUUCCGACGUGCCCCGUGUCAGGAUCAUUGACUUUGGAUGCGGCUGCCUUCUCCAGAACGGCGAGCAUCAUCAGUUCUCAGGCACUUUCCGCUACUGUCCUCCAGAGUGGUUUAACCAUCAGUCUUACAGGGCAGAACCUCUGAACGUGUGGCAGGUGGGGGUGCUCGCGUACUGUAUGCUCGUUGGGAAACACCCCUUUUCUACAAAGAAGGAAAUAAUCAGUAAAGUGCCAUGGAUCGGGAGAGGACUAUCGCCAAACUGCCAGGAAUUUGUGUGGAGCUGCCUGGCCAAGGAACCUCAGGAACGUCUGCCCCUGGAUAGCCUGCUGGCCCACCCCUGGUUGCAGUAAAGCAGCUUGAUGAACCUGAGGACAUCUCUGUUGACUGAGCUCAAUGUUGCACCUCCAGGCCCCAAGAGGUGUCAAAGGCACCUCUGGGGUGCCUUUGCCUGUGUCAUAGGUGCACAAAAUGUAUAUAUUGUAAACUUUUUAAAAUACAUUUAUUUAAUAUUAUUUAUUAUGAAAAGUGGAUUUGGACACAAAACUCAACUAUGAACGUGAACAACCUGGGAAGUUUAAAAUUAUUCAAACAUAUGGAAACCGGAAGUAAGCAGGUGUCCAAAUGUUUCGUCCCACUUCGACCACAGGGAAACCUAAACUGCCACACCUCCCGCCUUUGUUGGCCGAAAUGUCUGAAACUUGAUGUCUGUCUAAACAGAUUUUUCUCUACCCGGACAGUAAAUGCAAAUGAUAUCUGGCCCUUUAGCCAAAAAGCAAAGAAUGACUGCUGUCUUUGGAUAUGUUUCACGUCCUGCCGGCCCACUCAUCAGUAUUGUUGGACAAGGAUGGUGUCGUUGACAAAGAAAAUGGCUGCUCAUCCAUUUGCUGUUUUAUCAUUCGCUGUAUUGAUCAUUCAUCACAAUGUAUGUUUAUUGGUUGUGUGGAAAUUGGUCACACGUGGCAGUAUCGAGUCAUACUAUAUAAAGCUGCGCCCGGCGCGUCCUGGUAUCUUCCUCCGGUUUACCUGUGGGCAACUCGUUGGUCUUGGCCGUGAAGACGUGGUGUGACCCCGGUACGGAGUGGCCUGUGGACAUAUGCUGACGGUUGUUGCUGUAUGGAGCAGUGAUAUAGCGAUACCAAGAUAACGACUUGGGCGAAAUAAGUCUUCUGCAAUCUACAGGAGGGUCCAAUUGGCUCAGUUCAAGUUUGCUUACAUUCAAAACCAAUGUUUUAUUUAUUUUCUUGUAUAUAUUUUAUUUAUUUAUUAUAUUUUUUAAAAAAUCUGGAAAUUGAAGUGCAGCUGUUGAGCACUACAAGCUAUAGUAUGUUACUCUGGACUGAAUCGAUGUGUUUUUAAAUAAAUGAA